AUGGAUCGGGCGGCAGUGACAGCGGGUCCGGGUAUGGAGAUGCCGAUCAUGCACGACAGCGAUCGGUACGACUUCGUUCGGGAUAUCGGGUCGGGUAACUUCGGCGUGGCCCGAUUGAUGACUGAUAAGCAAACGAAGGAGCUUGUUGCGGUCAAGUAUAUUGAGCGAGGGGACAAGGUUCAGAAGCUCUUAUACGUUAGUUUAUCUCUGUUUGGUGCUUUUGAAUCCAGUUAUUCUUUAACAAUUGUCUCUUCAAGAAACAUAGACAUGUUUGGAUUCUGUGACUUCAGAGGAAUUGAAAUUUUUGCAGUUCUUAUUUAUGUCUUUGAUAAAGCUCAUGCCUUCAUGAAUGUGCCAUGGAGAAUAGGGGAUAUUGGAUCUGGUAGUUGUGGGAUAGCCAGGCUUAUGAGGGAUAAAAAGAGUAUUGAGAGGGUUGCAAUUAAGUACAUUGAGCAAGGCAUCCAGAUAGAUGAAAAUGUGCAGAGGGAAAUUGUCAACCACAGGUCUUUAAGGCACCCUAAUAUUAUUAGAUUUAAAGAGGUGAUUUUAACACCAACUCAUCUGGCUAUUGUAAUGGAGUAUGCAUCUGGUGGAGAAUUAUUCGAGCGAAUAUGCAAUGCAGGACGUUUUAGUGAGGAUGAGGCUCGUUUCUUUUUUCAACAACUUAUAUCCGGAGUCAGCUACUGCCAUUCAAUGCAAAUAUGUCAUCGAGACUUGAAGCUGGAGAACACGUUGUUGGACGGGAGCCCAGCUCCUAGGUUGAAAAUAUGUGAUUUUGGGUAUUCCAAGUCUUCUUUGCUGCAUUCACAACCAAAAUCUACAGUGGGAACUCCUGCUUACAUUGCUCCUGAGGUGUUACUGAAGAAAGAAUACGAUGGAAAGAUUGCAGAUGUGUGGUCUUGUGGUGUGACUUUGUAUGUUAUGCUGGUUGGUGCUUACCCAUUUGAAGAUCCUGCCGAACCCAAGGACUUCCGGAAGACUAUACAUAGAAUCUUAAAUGUUCAGUACUCUGUUCCACACAAUAUUAAUGUAUCAGAAGAAUGUUGGCAUCUGAUUUCGAGGAUCUUUGAUGCGGAUCCUGCACAAGUCAGUCAUUUUCCUCCUUUCCGCUCUGAUUGA